UGAUCACAACAUUGUUGGCAACAAAACAAUAGUGAGGCACAGGAGUUGACCAAAACUUAAUCAUAAAUGUUGUCAAAAUGUUUGAUUUUUGAGAAACAAAACUAAUUUUAUGGAAAUACUAAUUGUGUGUACAAUAAGCGCGGAAUCGGAGAGUGUUAUUGAAGUGCAUAAUAACCAUUUGAAUGUAAAUGAUGUGGACUGUGGCCGCACUGAAUAAAAAAUAUUUCGACGCUUUGGGUACAUAUAACAGUCUAAACGAUCCACAUCUUCAUCAAUACUUUCGUAAACCAAAAGUCCGCAGUCAUCUCAUUCAAGUGGGACUGAUGACCAGCGAAGGCAAGAUAAUACCGGAGGCAGUGGUCAGACUGAGAAGACUGGAGGACGAGAGACGCAAACAAUUGCAUCAACUGUUGACUGAAGUGCUGGAAAAGGGAGAAACAAACCGUUUGGGUCUUAAACGACUUCACGAGACACGGACUCUGGAAUCGGAGGCCAAAUGGGAAUUAGUCCAGAGGGCGAAGAUUGCCUUCGAGUCCCAGUCCAACACUACAGGACUCACCACAAGAACCCAAUCCAAUGACUCGAAGAAGAGCUCGUCGUCCACCACGACAUCCAUGUCUUGGUUCAGACGUGUCGUACAAAUCAAACCAAAACUUUUUAUAAAUAACAGACGAAGGGUUAGAGUGACGGCUCUGAAUAGGUAUGAGAGACCAAAGUCUUCGUAUGGCAUCAGAUCAUCAAAUAAAGUGAAACCCGAUUUGCAAUCAGAAAAAGAGCUGAACGAACAGUUCUCUGAUAUAUUGUCUUUGGAUGGCCUAUCACUCCAAGACACUGAUGAUGAAGAAUAUGGCGGUAAGAGAUCUGGUUUGUGGUCUUCAAAGAAGAUUAAGCCAUCAAUUAUUACCCUUCGCUUCAAUGGUUUGACAAACAAUUGUUUAACUCCUCGGAGGAUACAAAUAAGUCAACAAUUAUACAGCGGUGGAAAUGCUAUAACUAUAUUUGAUAGAAUGGUGACACCGGGAGAGAACCUGACAUUUGGUGUUCGGCCGCAUAGAGAUAAUCCAUUCUCGAUGACUGUCCUCAUCGAUGGCAUCCGUGAUCUGCGAGUCAGCACAUGUUGUGAACACAAACACAAAAAGGGAUUCAAAAUAUCUCACUUCACACUAAUCGAUGUCAGCGGCGGUAAGAUGUGUGCCAACUGUCGAAAGAGUGCGAACCAAAUGACUAAAUCUUUGUCUACCGGUGCUGUGAGUGCUUAUCUACCAAAAGAGAAAUCACAAAAUAAUGGCCUUCAGAAUGAGGGACCAGUUGUGGACAAUAAUGACAACCAUUUGAGUGAUAGUGAUGUGGAUGACGCCGAACAGACUGUUAUAGAGUUAGAGAAGAGGAGCUCCGGGACCUCAUCGCCAGUCAUUGCCGACAAUAAUGAGGAACAGUAUGAGUCGGAGUUUGAAACGGAAACACCGGAAUCAGUGAGAAUGAGGUCCACUAGUGUCUCAUCAGAUGAUAGCAAUGCUGGCCAUCAAGAGGUAAUUGAAGUGGAAGUGCAUAACAAUCCAUAA